AUGCUUCUCGAUGUCCUUGUUGUGGAUGGCCAGAUCGAGAAGAUUCCGUCCUUCGGGACAUUGACCUGGAGUGUGUACUCCCUCGAUGACCCCCAAGAUGAAGAUGAUGACGGACAGCAGUCCCUUGAAAAAAGGAAGAGGAAAUUCGAGGAUGAGGAAGAAUGUGGAGGUAGUGUCCCCCGAAAACGGAUGAAGACGGUUAAUUCCAACGUCGACCAUCGUGGUGCACUUGGGGAUCACGAUGAUCUCAUCGAUACCAGCACAUCUUCCAAGCAAAGGCCAUCCACGAGAGCGAAGGGGAAACGAGCAGUCACGACCACCUUGUCCGAGGUCGACUCCAUCCCCAGUCUAUCUGAAGCAACUGCUGUUACCACUGCUGACGUCGACUGGGGGGACGUUGAGCUUGGGCCUCACGUCUACAGGGCGGUCAGUGAGGAACGUUUCUCGUUCGGUUGCUCUCAGGCACCGUGCGUUCGCUGCCCCACCUUUACGUCUUGUCGAGAGGGUGGGCCUGUGAAUCCUCGCGAUUGUAUCUAUUACGACGCGUGGUCCACAGCCGUUCCCUGA